GUGCCCCCUGCGCCGGCGCAUUCUUGACCGCUUCGCCUCGGCCGGACAUAACGGUCCGCGCGCGGCUCCCCCGACCGGAAGUGGAGACGAGCUGUCGCGGGGUGCGCCCGGCCCGGCUCACCGCCUGGCAGUCCCCGCUGUCGCCGCCGCCCUCGGCCACUGCCGAGGCUUUCCGCAGCCGCCAUGUCCGCCAGUGCCGUCUACGUGCUGGACCUGAAGGGCAAGGUGCUCAUCUGCCGGAACUACCGCGGCGACGUGGACAUGUCAGAGGUGGAGCACUUCAUGCCCAUCCUGAUGGAGAAGGAGGAGGAGGGCAUGCUGUCGCCCAUCCUGGCCCACGGGGGAGUGCGCUUCAUGUGGAUCAAGCACAACAACCUGUAUCUGGUCGCCACCUCCAAGAAGAACGCGUGCGUGUCGCUGGUGUUCUCCUUCCUCUAUAAGGUGGUGCAGGUAUUUUCAGAAUACUUCAAGGAGCUGGAGGAGGAGAGCAUUCGAGACAACUUCGUCAUCAUCUACGAGCUGCUGGACGAGCUCAUGGACUUCGGCUACCCCCAGACCACAGACAGCAAGAUCCUACAGGAGUACAUCACUCAGGAAGGCCACAAGCUGGAAACGGGGGCCCCGCGACCCCCGGCCACUGUCACCAAUGCAGUGUCCUGGCGCUCCGAGGGCAUCAAGUACCGGAAGAAUGAGGUGUUCUUGGAUGUCAUCGAGUCCGUCAAUCUCCUGGUCAGCGCCAAUGGGAAUGUCCUGCGCAGUGAGAUCGUAGGCUCCAUCAAGAUGCGCGUCUUCCUGUCCGGCAUGCCCGAGCUGCGCCUGGGCCUCAAUGACAAGGUCCUCUUCGACAACACGGGCCGUGGCAAAAGCAAGUCCGUGGAGCUGGAGGACGUGAAGUUCCACCAGUGCGUGCGGCUAUCGCGCUUUGAGAAUGACCGCACCAUCUCCUUCAUCCCACCCGACGGCGAGUUCGAGCUCAUGUCCUACCGCCUCAACACCCACGUCAAGCCCUUGAUCUGGAUCGAGUCCGUGAUUGAAAAGCAUUCCCACAGCCGCAUCGAGUACAUGAUCAAGGCCAAGAGCCAGUUCAAGCGGCGAUCAACAGCCAACAACGUGGAAAUCCACAUCCCUGUGCCCAACGAUGCCGACUCACCCAAGUUCAAGACGACAGUGGGGAGUGUCAAGUGGGUGCCCGAGAACAGUGAGAUCGUGUGGUCCAUCAAGUCCUUCCCGGGCGGCAAGGAGUACCUGAUGCGGGCCCACUUUGGCCUGCCCAGCGUGGAGGCAGAGGACAAGGAGGGCAAGCCCCCGAUCAGCGUCAAGUUCGAGAUCCCCUACUUCACUACCUCUGGCAUCCAGGUGCGUUACCUGAAGAUCAUCGAGAAGAGUGGCUACCAGGCCUUACCGUGGGUCCGUUAUAUCACUCAGAACGGAGAUUACCAGCUCCGGACGCAGUGAGGGGCCGCGGUGACCCACGCUCCCAGCACGGGGCCCCUGGUGGAAGCACCUGCCCAGCCUGCCGGGAGGAGGGGCCCCCCUGGACCCCGGCGCCCCUCCAGGCCCCACCAAGGGGCCCCUCCUUCUCCAGGCUCACCUGUUCUGCCAUCUCCACUCACCUCCCGGGUCCCCUUUUCCCAGAAGAGGCUCGUCUUCAAGAGGUCUUGUCUCUCAGCCCGAGUCAGUCUGGGGGGCAGGAAAGACUGUUCCCUCCAGAGGUCAAAUACAGCCUUCUGUGCUGUCCAGCUCCCAGUCACACAAGACUGGGAAGCACUGCCCAGGCCUCUCUUCAGCCAGGCUGGCAGGGCCGCCGUUGUGUUGCCAUUCUGUUGAACGUUGUGGGUUUAUCGAGCAUUCCUAGAUUUUGUCUCGGUCCGUCGCUGGUUACGUGACCCUCACCGUCUGCACCUCCCUCCCCCGGCCUGAAGCUCUCAGGCAGCACUUAGCGAGGACAGGCUUCCCCGUCCUCGCCCUCCUCCCCCGUGAGGCUGUCGCCGGGCCGCCCUCCCAGCGCCUGGCCCUCCGCCUGGAGGCUCCUGAUCUGGAGCUUUGAAUAGGGACGCCUUCUCAGGGCCAGCCCGUGCCACGUGACGCUGUCCCUCAGCCACAGCAGUGUUUGUCCCACCAGGGGAAAGCGGGCUCCGGCGCGGGCCCCCAGCCUCAGAGGGUGGGGCCACAGGCCAUCCCCAUGUGUGCUUGGACACCGCCCCCCUACCCUGUCCGUGUUUGUGUCAUGAGUACAUUAAAUGCCAUCAGUUAAACAUGC